GGCGGGGCGGGUGUGGACGCCUGCGGCCCGGGGCGAGCCCGGCGCCCGGCACGCGGGGAUGGGGGUCACGGUGGACGUGCGCCAGGUGUACAAGUACCCCUUCGAGCAGGUGGUCGCCAGCUUCCUCCGAAAGAAGAAGAUUAGGUACGACACGAAGCAGAAUGGUGCAAACGGGAAGAGUACGGGCUCUGACAUCAGCCGGGGGGACCGAGUGCUUCUAGCUGUCUGAGAGGAGUAGUCUGCAGAAACCUUUACCAACUUGGAGUAAUAAAGUGAAGAAAGAACAGGAAUAAAGUAUCCCAACCCCAUGGAUAAAAAUGUCAUCUCUGUAAUAACUGUGGAGGAAAAAAGAGAUGUGUCAACAGGGAUCAUCUAUAGAAAGAGGAUUGCAGUCUGUCAGAAUGUGGUUCCAGAAAUUUUAAGGAAGGUGAGCAUUUUAAAGGUACCUAGUAUCCAGUUGGAAGAGGAAUCGUGGCUCAAUCCUCAGGAAAGAAACAUGGCUAUACGGAGUCACUGCCUUACAUGGACACAGUAUGCAUCCAUGAAGGAAGAGUCUGUCUUCCGGGAAAGUGUGGAAAAUCCAAACUGGACAGAGUUCAUUCAGAGAGGCAGAAUUUCAAUUACAGGGGCUGGCUUUCUCAACUGCAUUUUGGAGACUUUUGCCAGCACAUUCUUAAGACAGGGAGCCCAGAGGGGAAUUAGAAUAAUGGAGAUGCUGCUAAAGGAACAGUGUGGUGCCCCCUUAGCUGAAUAAAGAAUCCGCAGGGACCUGUGUUGUCCUAAUUUGCUCAAGAAUCACUUCUUGGCCCCAACACAUCACUGAUGCAGUUUUUGAAAUCCAACUUUAAGGAUACACUGUUGGCAGCUUCAAGAAGAGGAGACCCUCCUUCCAGGACAUGAAAUGAUACACUCCCCUGGGAGCCUGCCUCAGAUAGUGGCACUCAUGGACAUGAGACCUGCUAGCUGGGUUUUUAUGGCACAGUCUCUUUAUGAUUUACAAAUAAAGGAAAAAAAAAAAACCAUAGAAGGUGACGUCUGCCCUUCUUCAGGAUGUCCUGCUGACUGCCUGGUGACAGUGUCAGGGAAGCCAAGGACAGGCUGGAGGUCUGGCGAGUGGUGCUGGUGCCCAUAUGUUAUCAGCCUCAUUGCUCAUGGGAUUCAUGAGAAGAUUCUGGGACAGAUAAAGGAGUUAAACCUGAUGCCUGAUGCAUGAGUGUCCUACAACAAAAAGGAAUAUACCAGGCCAGUGUUGAAGCUAAGCUACAUUUAGAGUAAUGUUUGGUUCUCAGAAAUUGAGAACAUUUAAUGUCUACCCAUAAGUACUACUUAACUGUCACCAGUAUGGCUUUUAUAAUGUAACCUGUCCACAGUAUGAUUUGGUCUUCUGAAAGAACAUGGGUUGGAGAGCGGGAAGGCAGGGGGUGACUUUGGCAUUAUGUGACAUGGAGGGCAGCAUGAACCUCUCUGUGUUUCCCUGGCAAGUGGGGCUACCUGGGCACAGGUGUUCUGUGUAGUGAUGAUUAGACAAGGAAGGGAGUUUAGUAUGAAAAGCACAGGUUUGGGAAUUUGACAGAACAAGUGUUACCACCUACUAGCUCAAUGAUUGAUCAUCUACAUAAUUUUCAAUUUUUCCAAAGCUCCUUCUUUUUCAUUGCACAACGAGGUUAUAGAAUUGACUUUGUGAGGUGGUCGGAUCGAUUUGGGAUUGUGUGUAUAGAGUGCCUAGUACGCUACCUGUUGCAUCGUAGAAGUCUAGUACCUAGACGCCAUUACUAUGUGAAACCAUUUUGAAAAUGUACUUUUCAAAUGUAAUAUGAGGUAGUAUUACUGUUUGAAAAUUAGGUGACAGUAGUUUGCAUUUACCAUGAUUGGAAGCCAAAAUAUAAGUGCACACUACCUAAUAGGAAGCUUGAAGAGAGGCAGUAAUUUGGAAUUCAUCUGCUUAAGAUAAAAAUUGGGCCAUUACUGGGAAGUCUUGGGGAAAUUGUUCUUUUUUUUUAAUAUUUGAAAAUUUUUCCACUUAGUGCAGUGAUGAAUAUCAAAGCAAUUUUAUUUUUUGUAUAAGCCUGCCACUGUGAGCUUCUUCUUACUGUAUUUGAGCUGUUUGUGCUGCUUGAGUUCUGUCUUUUAGGAUAAUCUCUCCUCAUUUUCUUAGUGUCUCAUUCUUCAGGUGUGUUGGAGAGAAAAUGAAUGGUAGAAACCAGAACAAAACUUUGACUUCUUUUUCCAGUUUGUCAGCGGCAUUUGGUAGGCUUUUGGAAUAAUAGCCCAUUUCGAAAAAUAAGAGGCCAUGUAAAUGAUCACAGAGGUGAGAGGUUAGAAAUCCAUAUGACACUGAAAUAAACUUAAUGCAUCCUACCCAACAACCUACAUCCUCUGAAGCAGGAGUUCUCAGCUUUUGGUGUUCAUUAGAAUCACCUAGGGAACGUUAUGCACUUUUGCUGAUGAAGGUACAUCCUAGAGCAAUAAAUACAUCAGAAUCUUGGAGAUUCUGGGUGGAACCCAGGCAUCCAUCCAUACUUUUUAAAGCUCUGUAGGUGGUUCCCAUUGGUAACUAGGGAUGCGAACACUAGACUGAAUUCUUGGUGAUUUUCAGACAUUAUCUGAUUUCUUUCUUAACACCUCUGAGGUAGGAAAGGAUAUUUGUAGCAAGAAUUUUUGUUAGAAAUACAAAGAGUGGGGUGCCUGGGUAGCUCAGUCAAUUAAGUGUCUGACUUUUGGUUUCAGCUCAGGUGAUGGUUCAUGAGUUUGAGCCCCGCAUCGGGCUCCACACUAACAGUGCGGAGCCUGCUUGGGAUUCAGUCUCUUUCUCUCUCUCUCUCUCUCUCUCUCUCUCUGCCCCUCCCUGCACUCUCUCAAAAUAAAUAAAUAAAUAAAAAGAAAUUGAAAGAAUGAAGCAGAAAGAGGACGAAUUUUUGCUAAUUCCUUAAAACCAGGGCGGCCAGUGCAAAUGGCUUCGGGGACCUGGCAGGUGAUCUGAUGAGUCAGGCAGGCUGGUGGUGCCUUGGGAGACCCUGGGAACACAUGUCUGUUUAAAGGUGGACAGCUGCUGCCCAGCUCUCACACACUGUUGCCAUGUGGCUGUUUUUUCUAGUUAACUCUAAUUUCCUGUUUUAUAGGAAAAGACAGACUUUUUUUAAAGAAAAGAAUUCUCCCAAUUUUUACAUGCUGGCAGUAAUUCAGAAUUGUUUACAACAUUGUGCUGUCCAAACCAAACAUGUUUUCCAGUAGUUUCCGGCCUCUGCCUCAAGAGUGUCAAGGCCCAGCCUAAACAUCCCAGUCAGUUUUUAAUUGAUUUGCAUUUCCCCACUCUGGAUGGAAGCUACAUUCUGUCUCUUCUCCAAGACUGCUUUGAUAUGUAUUUUCCUCCCAUUCCCAAGAAAUCCUCUGGAGUUGCUUCAGACACUUAUCCUCUCUCAAUAUUUUUUUUUUAAGCCUUCUGCAGGCAUCCAUUACUUCAAGCUUCACAUAUAUGUGUUAGAAUUAUUAUGCUCUUUUUAACAUUAAUUAGAGCUUGUUAGAGUUUAUUUUUAUAAUAUGUCAGAAUCCUUUUCCUGUGAGAAAACAUGUAGAGAUGUCAAAAUCAGGAGUACUGCCUUACUGGGCAUAUUAGGAACAUGUGGGAAGGGGUUAAUUCACAGUCCAGGCCGGUCUCCUCCUGACCUGGUGUGGCUGGGCCUAAAUCUCGAGGCAAUGAUUUUGUCCAGUGAUUCCCACACUUCUCCUUGAAUCAGGAAUCCUCGGGGGAGGUGUGCUAAAUGCAGGUUCGCAGGCCCUCCGCCAAAGAUUCUGAUUCAUGAAAUCUCAUUUGGGACCGAGGGGAUCUGCCUUUUAAAGCAAGUUCACCAGGAGAUUCAGCUGCGCUGUUCCACAGACCACAUUUUGAGAAACACUGAAUUCGGGACAGCGUUUUUGCCCUCCGUGUCUCCUAUCAUGCAAAAAGGCUUUGCAAUCAUUUGGGCCCACUGAUCAAUACAAUGGACCAUUCAGGACAAAACAUAAAGUUCUUAUGCUGAGAUGAACUGACUUUAGCUAUCCUUAUGUGAUUAAGGUGCUUUUACCAUGAAGGGUCUUUGACGGUUUCAGUCAUAUGUGGGUAAAAAAAAGGUGCUCUAUUCUUUUUAUAUAAAUUGCUUUGUGUAUUUUAUAAGCAGUGUAUAUGUAGUAAUAUCCUUUUUGUCAGACAUUGUAGGGUGCAUGGUAUAGACAAGUCGAGGUUAUUCUUUUAAGUUGCACGUCUUUUUUUGUAUUUUAAUCAUUUACACUGUAACACUUAAUUUAGUAUAUAUUUCCCUGCUUUUGCAAACAGUCUACUAAAAAUAAUGAAAACAAUUAAGGUUAUCAUUUAUGUUUUUCACUCUUUCAGGUCCUAUUUGGGUUUGUUAAAGCCCCUACCAUGAAUGACACUGCUCUUUGAGAUCUGCAGUGGUUUUUGCAGUGUUUUCACUCACUGUUACCUGUUACCUUUGUCUCUGCCGUUACUCUCACCUGCCUCUAGGAACCCUCAUCUCCUUCUUUAUGGGGCUGGGAAAUUAUGUCAUUGCAUACUCUAUGUCCAGUAACAGUAAACAGAACCUAAACGAGGCUCUGAGAGACUUUUUUCUGAGGACAUGCUGCUUUGACUUGGUGAUGUUAUUUUACUGUAACUUCCUGAUUCUCAACUUCAUUUGUCAAAUCUUUGACCUCAAGGUAAGUGAGAUGUUGCCACACAUGCUUUCUUUUGAUCUAGAAGUCAUUGUCUCCCUCAAUUGUGUAAGUGUUUUUAUAUGUACAGUUGUAUAAUGUGAAACAUAAGUUAAAUUCAAAUGAACAUUUCUCAGGCCCCUUUUUUGUGAGGUAUGAAGUAUUUUUGAUUCAGUGUUAUUGUGAUUUAGAGCUAUAAAUGAGUAGUAUAGCUCUGAAAUUCAGUCCUGUAGACAUUCUGAAAUAAAGUUUGUUAUGACUCAUA